CUCGCGUCCGCCAUAUUGGAUGCCGCAGCCGCUGCUGCCAGCGCUUCCUCCUCCGUCUUCGCUGUGCGGUGCUGGUUCCUGCGGCCCGAGCGGCGGGGAGGUGAAACAGGAGUCUGACGAAGGAAGAAGAAGGAGGGGGUGGAGAGUGUAGGGGACGGGGCUAGAGGGCGGAGGACCGAGACCGAGCGGGGCGGAGAAGAGAAGGCGCCGCGGUCCAGCCCCUCCCCCGCCCGCUGCCGACCCGCCCCGGCAGCGCCUGUGUUCCCCAGACCGGCGCUCCGCCCGCCCUAGCGGCCAUGCCGGGGCCUCGCUGCCCCUGAGGGAGUCCUUCCCUGCCAGUGCUUGCCCUUCCACGCCCGUCCCGGGGUCGCAGCGGCCGGGUCUCCCGCCGGUGCCCGUCCUCGCGGCCGCGCCGCCGCCCCCGUCUCGCUCUCCCCACCCAGUGCAGUGGCCGCCGCCUCUUCCGCCGCCGGGCUCGGGGCCUCCGCACCGACAACAUGGAGGCUGUGAAAACCUUCAAUAGCGAGUUGUAUUCCCUGAAUGACUACAAACCACCCAUUUCUAAAGCGAAAAUGACCCAAAUUACUAAGGCAGCCAUCAAAGCUAUUAAGUUCUAUAAACAUGUGGUACAGAGCGUUGAGAAAUUCAUUCAGAAAUGUAAACCAGAAUACAAGGUACCUGGACUCUAUGUUAUUGACUCCAUUGUACGACAGUCUCGACAUCAGUUUGGUCAAGAAAAGGAUGUGUUUGCGCCCAGAUUUAGUAAUAACAUCAUUAGCACUUUCCAGAAUUUAUAUCGUUGCCCUGGGGAUGACAAGAGUAAAAUAGUGAGAGUAUUAAAUUUAUGGCAGAAGAAUAAUGUGUUUAAGAGUGAGAUUAUUCAGCCUCUUUUGGAUAUGGCAGCAGGGAUUCCUCCCCCAGUUGUCACACCUGUUUUGGCCAGUACUACUACUGCUAUGAGCAACACCCCAGGAACUCCUGUGACACCUGUUACUCCAGCCAAUGUGGUCCAGGGUCUUCCGGAUCCGUGGGUAUCUCAGAUAACAAACACAGAUACACUUGCAGCAGUAGCUCAAAUCUUACAAAGUCCUCAAGGCCAACAGCUUCAGCAGUUAAUACAAACUUUACAACUACAACAGCAGAAGCCUCAGCCUUCUAUCCUGCAGGCUCUGGACGCUGGUCUCGUUGUGCAGUUGCAGGCUCUCACAGCACAGCUCACGGCUGCAGCUGCCGCAGCCAACACCCUCAACCCCUUGGAACAGGGAGUGGCUUUCAACAAGAAGUUGAUGGAUAGGUUUGAUUUUGGGGAAGAUUCUGAGCAUAGUGAAGAACCCAAAAAGGAAAUUUCAGCUUCUCAACUUUCUCAUGUUUCAGAAUCUGUGAACAAUUCCAUUUUUCAUCAGAUAGCUGAACAGCUACAGCAGCAAAACCUUGAACAUCUCAGACAGCAACUCCUAGAACAGCAACAGCCUCAAAAGGCAACCCCUCAGGAUAGUCAAGAGGGAACAUUUGGAUCAGAGCAUUCCGCCUCACCAUCACAAGGGAGCAGUCAACAGCAUUUCCUUGAACCUGAAGUGAAUUUGGAUGAUUCUAUAGAUAUUCAGCAACAGGAUAUGGAUAUAGAUGAAGGGCAGGAUGGAGUGGAAGAGGAGAUCUUUGAACAAGAAGCAAAGAAAGUGGCUGUUCGCUCAAGAUCAAGAACACAUUCACGAUCUCGUUCAAGAUCACCAAGGAAGCGAAGGUCUCGGUCGCGAUCUGGUUCUCGAAAGCGUAAACACAGAAAGCGAUCACGCUCACGCUCAAGAGAAAGAAAGAGGAAAUCAUCACGUUCAUACUCAAGUGAAAGGAGAGCGAGAGAAAGGGAGAAAGAACGACAGAAGAAGGGACUACCUCCAAUUAGAUCUAAAACAUUAAGUGUAUGUAGUACUACUUUGUGGGUUGGUCAGGUGGAUAAGAAGGCAACCCAGCAAGAUUUAACCAAUCUGUUUGAAGAGUUUGGACAAAUUGAAUCCAUUAAUAUGAUUCCUCCCAGGGGCUGUGCUUACGUCUGCAUGGUUCAUCGACAAGAUGCUUUCCGUGCUCUUCAGAAACUUAGUUCCGGAUCUUAUAAAAUUGGGUCCAAGGUCAUUAAGAUUGCUUGGGCUUUAAACAAAGGUGUAAAAACAGAAUAUAAACAAUUCUGGGAUGUGGAUCUUGGAGUUACAUAUAUACCGUGGGAAAAAGUUAAAGUGGAUGACUUGGAAGGUUUUGCAGAAGGAGGCAUGAUUGACCAGGAAACUGUAAAUACUGAGUGGGAAACUGUGAAAAGCUCAGAACCCGUUAAAGAGACGGUCCAGACAACUCAGAGCCCAACUCCAGUUGAAAAGGAGACAGUGGUCACAACCCAGGCAGAGGUUUUUCCUCCACCUGUUGCUAUGUUACAGAUUCCAGUAGCGCCAGCCGUGCCUGCAGUUAGUUUAGUCCCACCAGCAUUUCCUGUCUCAAUGCCGGUUCCUCCUCCUGGAUUCAGUCCAAUCCCUCCACCUCCUUUUCUGCGAGCAAGUUUUAACCCUUCACAACCACCUCCUGGUUUCAUGCCACCUCCAGUUCCACCACCUGUUGUACCACCACCCACCAUUCCACCAGUAGUACCAACAUCUUUAGUGCAGCCGCCAUUAUCCAUGACUCCAGAAACUGUGAAAGAUGUUGGAUUUGGUGGUCUUGUUUUACCUGGUGGUUCUGUUGCCAGCAGUCUUGCUACUUCCACUCUGCCAGCUGGAAAUGUUUUUAAUCCUACAACUAAACAAGCAGAGCCUGAAGAAAAAGUACCUCAUCUUCUAGACCACCAGAUUCCUUCUGGUGAAAACACCAGAUCAGUGAUUCCAAAUGAUAUUCCAAGUAGCCCUGCAAUUUUAGGAGGACAGCCGCCAAAUGUGACAAGCAAUUCUGGAAUUCUGGGAGUCCAAAGACCAAAUGUAUCGAGUAAUUCUGAAAUUAUUGGAAUCCGGCCAUCUAAUGUUUCCAGUAGUUCUGGGAUUAUUGGAGCCCAGCCACCAAAUAUUCUAAAUAACUCUGGAAUUUUGGGACUACAGCCACCAACUGUGUCAAGUAGUUCUGGACUUUUGGGAGUACUCCCCCCAAAUAUCCCUAAUAAUUCCGGACUUAUAGGAGUACAGCCACCAAAUGUUCCAAAUGCCGCUGGACUUUUGGGAACACAGCCACCAGCUGGGCCUCAAAACUUACCCCCUUUAAAUCUCUCUAGUCAAAGGAUGCCCACAAUGCCAAUGUUAGACAUUCGUCCAGGACUAAUACCACAGACACCUGGACCAAGAUUCCCUUUAAUACAGCCUGGAAUUCCACCCCAAAGGGGAAUCCCUCCCCCAUCGGUACUUGAUUCAGCUCUUCAUCCACCACCCCGUGGUCCUUUUCCUCCAGGAGAUAUUUUUAGUCAGCCAGAAAGACCUUUUCUAGUUCCUGGAAGACAAAGUGUAGACAAUGUUACCAAUCCAGAAAAAAGGAUACCACUUGGGAAUGAUAACAUUCAACAGGAAGGAGAUAGAGAUUACCGGUUUCCUCCCAUUGAAGCCAGGGAAAGCAUUAGUAGACCUCCCCCCGUGGAUGUUAGGGAUGUCGUUGGACGGCCUAUAGAUCCAAGAGAAGGUCCUGGAAGGCCUCCAUUAGAUGGUAGGGAUCAUUUUGGAAGACCUCCUGUCGAUAUUAGAGAGAAUCUUGUGAGGCCAGGCAUAGAUCAUCUUGGUCGAAGAGACCACUUUGGCUUUAAUCCAGAGAAGCCCUGGGGGCAUAGAGAUUUUGAUGAGAGAGAACAUCGGGUUCUACCUGUCUAUGGUGGUCCAAAAGGCUUACAUGAAGAAAGAGGUAGAUUUCGGUCUGGAAACUAUCGAUUUGAUCCUAGAAGUGGUCCUUGGAACAGAGGAUUUGGACAAGAAGUUCACAGAGAUUUUGAUGACCGCAGAAGACCCUGGGAGAGGCAAAGGGAUAGGGAUGACAGAGAUUUUGAUUUCUGCAGAGAAAUUAAUGGAAACCGUCUUGGACGAGAUAGAAUUCAAAACACCUGGGUCCCCCCUCCUCAUCCUCGGGUUUUUGAUUUUUUUGAAGGGGCCACUUCUCAACGAAAAGGUGAUAACGUGCCUCAGGUUAAUGGUGAAAAUACCGAGAGACAUGCCCAACCACCACCUUUACCAGUACAGAAUGAUCCUGAACUUUAUGAAAAACUGACAUCUUCAAGUGAAAUAAACAAGGAGAAGAGUGACACAGUUGCUGAUAUAGAAAGUGAACCAGUGGUAGAAAGCACAGAAACUGAGGGGACAUAAUCAUCACUCACUGUUGAAUGAAAAAGAGAGGUUAAAAUGGGGAACUCCGAGAGUCAGUACACCCUUCAAGGAUCUAAAAAUCAUAGCAAUACUAUUACUGGUGCUAAGCAAAAGCCUUGCUCCCUGAAGAUACGCAGCAUUCAUGCGAAAGAUGACAAGUCACUGCACGGAUGGGGUCACGGAAGCAGCGGAGCGGGUUACAAGUCCAGGUCCCUGGCCCGAACCUGCCUUUCUCACUUUAAGAGCAAUCAGCCUUAUGCAUCCCGACUGGGCGGACCCACAUGCAAAGUCCCCAAAAGCAGUGCCUACGCCAAGCACAGGACUGACGCCUCAGGAAAUGAUUUCCAGAGCCGCAGCGCGGCCUUCUCUGCGGGGAACGGCUUCCACUACGUCAGCCAUGAGCGGCCGGACGCCCACGUGGCCUCGAGGGACUGCAAUGGACACCUCCUCAACUGCUACGGGAGGGACGAGAGCGUGGCAGCCAGGCCGUGCAACGAGGACCGCAAGAGCCCCAGGGUGCUCAUCAAGACGCUGGGGAGGCUGGACGGCUGUCUGCGGGUCGAGUUCCACAGCGGCGGCCAGCAGGGCGGAGGGCCCCCGGGGGACGCGGGCGGCCCGGUGCGGCUGCUGCGCUACUCGCCCACCUUGGGCCCUGGGCCCGACUCGCCCCCGGACUCGCGCCCGCGCUCCAGCAAGGGCAGCUCCCUGAGCUCCGAGUCGUCCUGGUACGACUCCCCCUGGGGCCCCACGGGCGAGGCCAGCGAGGCCAGCGAGGCCGAGGGCUCCCUCCCGGUGCCCGGCGCGCCCGCCCCCCGCCUCUGCGCCGACUUCCCGCCGCCCGGGCCCCCAAAGCCGUUCAACCAAAGCUCGUCCCUGUCCUCGCUCCGGGAGCUCUACCCUGACCCCAGCCCGGCGCCCUCGGGCCUGCGGCUGUCGGACGAGUUUGUGGGUGCGCACGCCAGCCUCAGCCACCGCGUGUCCUUCGCCUCGGACAUGGACGUGCCGUCCCGGGUGGAGCGCAGGGACCCCGGCCCGUACUCGUCCUUCACCCUCCCCUGCCGCAAGUCCAAGGCCUUGACCGAGGACGCUUCCAAGAAGGACACGCUCAAAGCCCGCAUGCGCCGCAUCAGCGACUGGACGGGGAGCCUCUCCAGAAAGAAAAGGAAGCUCCAGGAACCGAGGUCCAAGGAAGGCAGUGACUACUUUGACAGCCGCUCAGAUGGACUGAAUGUGGACGCGCAGGGGCCCUUCCAGGUGUCUCCUUCACCUUGGUCUGGGGGCUCAGCUCAGAUCCUGUCCCAGAGAAGCGAAUCCGCUCAUGCGAUUGGCAGUGAUCCCCUCCAACAGAACAUUUACGAGAAUUUCAUGCGGGAGCUAGAAAUGAGCAGGACCAACACAGAGAAUGUAGAAACGUCCACAGAAACCGCAGACUCCAGCAGCGGGUCCCUCAGCUCUUUGGAGCAACUUGAUCUGCUCUUCGAGAAGGAGCAAGGGGUGGUCCGAAAAGCUGGAUGGCUGUUCUUCAAACCCCUUGUCACUUUGCAGAAGGAAAGGAAGCUUGAAUUGGUGGCCCGGAGGAAGUGGAAACAGUACUGGGUAACACUGAAAGGUUGCACCCUGCUGUUCUAUGAGACCUAUGGGAAGAAUUCCAUGGAUCAGAGCAGUGCCCCUCGGUGUGCACUGUUUGCAGAAGACAGCAUAGUGCAGUCUGUCCCAGAACAUCCCAAGAAGGAAAACGUGUUCUGCCUCAGCAACUCCUUUGGAGAUGUCUACCUUUUCCAGGCCACUAGCCAGACAGAUCUGGAAAAUUGGGUCACUGCUAUCCAUUCAGCUUGCGCAUCCCUUUUUGCAAAGAAGCAUGGGAAAGAGGACACGGUUCGGCUCCUGAAGAACCAGACCAAAAACCUCGUUCAGAAGAUAGAUAUGGACAGCAAGAUGAAAAAGAUGGCAGAGUUACAGCUGUCCAUCGUGAGCGACCCGAAGAAUAGGAAGGCCAUAGAAAACCAGAUCCAGCAAUGGGAGCAGAACCUGGAGAAGUUUCACAUGGAUCUGUUUAGGAUGCGUUGCUAUCUGGCCAGCCUACAAGGUGGGGAGCUGCCAAACCCCAAGAGCCUCCUCGCUGCUGCCAGCCGCCCCUCCAAGCUGGCCCUCGGCAGGCUGGGCAUCUUGUCUGUUUCUUCUUUCCAUGCUCUGGUAUGUUCUAGAGAUGACUCUGCUUUCCGGAAAAGAACACUCUCCCUGACCCAGCGAGGAAGAAACAAGAAGGGUAUAUUUUCUUCAUUAAAAGGGCUGGACACACUGGCGAGAAAAGGGAAGGAGAAAAGACCUUCUGUAACUCAGGUGGAUGAACUUCUGCAUAUAUACAGUUCAACAGCCGAUGGUGUUCCCCGAGACAACACGUGGGAAGUCCAGACCUACGUUCAUUUUCAGGAUAAUCAAGGGGUUACUGUAAUGAUCAAGCCAGAACAUAGAGUAGAAGAUAUUUUGACUCUGGCAUGCAAGAUGAGGCAGCUGGAACCCAGCCACUAUGGCCUACAGCUCCGAAAAUUAGUAGAUGAAAACAUCGAGUACUGUGUCCCUGCACCAUAUGACUACAUGCAAGAACAGGUUUAUGAUGAAAUAGAAAUCUUCCCGCUAAGUGUUUAUGAUGUGCAGCUCACGAAGACCGGCAGUGUGUCUGACUUUGGGUUUGCAGUGACAGUGCAGGUGGACGAGCAUCAGCAUCUCAGCCGAAUAUUUAUAAGUGAUGUUCUCCCUGACGGCUUGGCAUAUGGAGAAGGGUUGAGAAAGGGCAAUGAAAUUGUGACCUUAAAUGGGGAAGCUGUGUCUGAUCUUGACCUGAAGCAGAUGGAGGCCUUGUUUUCUGAGCAGAGCGUUGGGCUCACUCUGAUUGCCCGGCCGCCAGACACAAAAGGCACGUUGUGUUCAUCCUGGUCAGACAGUGACCUGUUCUCUAGGGACCAGAAGAGUCUGCUGCCCCCUCCGAACCAGUCCCAGCUUCUGGAGGAGUUCCUGGAUAACUUUAAAAAGAGUACAACCAAUGAUUUCAGCAAUGUCCCUGACGUCACCACUGGCCUGAAAAGGAGUCAGACCGAUGGCGCGCUGGCCCAGAUUCCCCACGGGGAGAGAACAGGGCAGACGUUCGGGAGUGCGGAACAGAUCGCUGUGCUGUGUAGGGGUUUCGGCGACACGCAGAGCGACGGCAUGGAAGGGCCUCGGGGGCCUCGGGACCCACCUCCGCGGCCGCUGGCUCGCCACCUCUCCGAUGCAGACCGCCUCCGAAAAGUCAUCCAGGAGCUGAUGGACACGGAGAAGUCCUACGUGAAGGAUCUGAGCUGCCUCUUUGAAUUAUACUUGGAGCCACUUCAAAAUGAGACCUUUCUCACCCAAGAUGAGAUGGAGUCCCUUUUUGGAAGUUUGCCAGAGAUGCUUGAAUUUCAAAAGGUGUUUCUGGAGACUCUGGAGGAUGGGAUUUCAGCAUCCUCGGACUUUAGCAGCCUUGAGACUCCCUCACAGUUCAGAAAAUUGCUGUUUUCCCUUGGAGGCUCUUUCCUUUAUUACGCGGACCAUUUUAAACUCUACAGCGGAUUCUGUGCUAAUCAUAUUAAAGUACAGAAGGUUCUAGAGCGAGCUAAAACCGAUAAAGCCUUCAAGGCUUUCCUGGAUGCCCGGAAUCCCACCAAGCAGCAUUCCUCCACCCUGGAGUCCUACCUCAUCAAGCCGGUUCAGAGGGUGCUCAAGUACCCUCUGCUGCUCAAGGAGCUCGUGUCGCUGACGGACCAGGAGAGCGAGGAGCACUAUCACCUGACAGAGGCACUAAAGGCAAUGGAAAAAGUAGCAAGCCACAUCAAUGAGAUGCAAAAGAUCUACGAGGAUUAUGGGACCGUGUUUGACCAGUUAGUGGCAGAGCAGAGUGGAACAGAGAAGGAGGUAACAGAACUUUCCAUGGGGGAGCUUCUGAUGCACUCUGCAGUUUCCUGGUUGAAUCCAUUUCUGUCUCUAGGAAAAGCCAGAAAGGACCUUGAACUCACGGUGUUUGUUUUUAAGAGAGCUGUCAUAUUGGUUUAUAAAGAAAACUGCAAACUGAAAAAGAAAUUGCCUUCGAAUUCCCGGCCUGCACAUGGCUCUGCUGACUUGGACCCAUUUAAAUUUCGCUGGUUGAUCCCCAUAUCCGCACUUCAAGUCAGACUGGGGAAUACAGCAGGGACAGAAAAUAAUUCCGUAUGGGAACUGAUCCAUACGAAGUCAGAACUAGAAGGACGGCCAGAAACCAUCUUCCAACUGUGUUGCAGUGACAGUGAGAGCAAAACCACCAUCGUCAAGGUGAUUCGAUCUAUUCUGAGGGAAAACUUCAGGCGUCACAUCAAGUGUGAAUUACCCCUGGAGAAGACCUGUAAGGAUCGCCUGGUACCCCUUAAGAACCGAGUUCCUGUUUCAGCCAAGUUAGCUUCCUCCAGGUCCUUGAAAGUCCUCAAGAAUUCCUCCAGCAGCGAGUGGCCUGGCGAGUCCGGCGAGGCCAGCAAAGGCAGCUCCCUGGACUCGGACGAGUGCAGCCUGAGCAGUAGCACCCAGAGCAGCGGCUGCGCCCCGGGCGGGAGCAGGCAGGAGUCCGUGCAACACCCCCAGGCAGGCCUGGCUGAUCUGUCAGACAGUCUCAUCAAGGAGAGUGACAUCCUGAGCGACGACGACGACGACUACCAUCAGACUCUCAGACGGGGCAGCCCUACCAAAGACAUUGAAAUUCAGUUCCAGAGACUGAGAAUCUCCGACGGCCCUGAUGCAAAGCCAGCUGAACAGCAGCCUGGCACGGAGGGCCGGCCCACAGGGGAGCAGCCCAAGCUGGUGCGGGGGCACUUCUGCGCCAUUAAACGGAAAGCGAACAGCACCAAGCGGGACAGGGGAACUUUGCUGAAGGCACAGAUUCGCCAUCAGUCCCUUGACAGUCAGUCUGAAAAUGCCAACCUUGAUCUCAGUUCUGUUCUCCAGCGAGAGUUCAGUGUCCAGAGUUUAACCUCGGUGGUCAACGAGGAGUGUUUUUAUGAAACAGAGAGCCACGGGAAGUUGUAGUGCCAUUUCAGUCCAGAUGUGGGCUCGAUGGCUUGUUUUACUUUUAAACUGGUGGUCAAGUGGAAAUGGCA